AUGACUUCUCCAGCUGAGCAGGUGCUUUUGUUUGGAGGGAUUAUCGACCCUGAGCUCGUCUCGGGUCUGGCGCUGUUCGGCUACGCCGAUCUCACAGUGGGGUCUGCGAUCAUCUUCGCGACCAUAACCAUCUUCGCAUACAUCGCCAGUGACUGGAAAGUCCUCAGUUCCUGGAUCUCGGCACUUUUGACGGCAGUCGUUCGACCCAUCCGCGCAGUGGUACUCGGUAUAAGCUGGCUCCUCAUGCAGCUUGCCGCCGUUCGGCCUCUGGCCGACAUUUUCACUACCCUGCGCACUCUCGAGGAUGCGGUCAAGAGCCGGAUUAUCGAGAACCGCCUCAGCCGUCUCGUCUCCGCCGUGGUGGACUGGUAUUUCCCGUUCAAUCACCCCCUGGCAACAGUGUGUCGACUGUCUCUGUCAUUUAUCUGCGGGACAACGGUCAUGUACGAUCUGUUGCUCCCUGCAGCUUGGCAUGUCUCCGGUCUCGUCAUGGCCGUGAGCUCGUCAGAAGAGGAGCUUUCGUACCACUGCUUCGACGUCUUCGGACGGCUCGAACAAGGGAGGUUGAACCGGCGCGAGUGGCUCGAAGUAGCCUUUUGCUGCGGCCAAGAGACCGGCUUAGAGUUGCGCGAGAUCCAUCACCUUUACGUCAUUGCUUUCGUCACUACCAGUGUCUCGUGUGCCAUUCUGGCAGUGCUUUCCUGGUACGCUCUCGCCAAGGCCGUCUCUUCCCGACGCGCCGACAAGCUGCAGCCUGCAGCCCUAAGAGUGGACCACAUCGGCCACGAGACACAGCUCCGAGGGACGCCCCCGACGCCUCGUGAGAUUGACCUGUGGAAUAUUAUCGAUCAGUGCGAAGGCGUGAUCACCAAGCAGAAGGGGCUCCUCAUUGCCAGAACUGAGGAGCUUAAGGUAGUCAAGCAGCGGAUGGAGGGCAGCUGGGCGCUUGUCAAGAAACUGUCUGCCCAACCGGACCCCAUUGAGGAAGUUCGACCCCGCGAGACGACUGUCAUCGUGGAACUCCGCCAGGAGCUCGCGGUCAAGGAAGGGCAGCUCAGCAAUACCCAGGGGAAACUGAGGCAGCUGGAAGAGCAGCUUGCCCGGGAGAGGGAACAGGCGGAGGCCGAUUUCCUGAGUGAGCACCAGUCACUCAGAGCCGAGCUUCAAGCUUGGAAUGACCAGCUCGUAACUCUCGAGCAACGCCUGGCCGCUGCAGAGGCCCGAGAACAGCAAUCUCGCGGCCACACCGACACCGAACGCCAGAACCUCGUUGUUUACAAUAACGACCUCAUCGCCCAGAACCAGGAGCUCAUGGCCCAGUGUCAGGCCUUCCAGGCCGAGCACGACCGGCUGCACCUGCAGUUCCGUGACUCCUCGGUGACCAUACAGGAACGGGAUGCCGCCCUCAGGCGUGUCAUGCUCCUGGAGGCCGAGCUUGAGACUAACCAGUCGUCGGCAGACAGCGUGGCGCGGCACGCGCAAGUGCCUCUCACUCGCGCACACGAAGCUGAGGUGGCUCUUCGGCAAUCUAUGUCGAACCUCCAGCACACCUGCGACUUGACUCUCGCGCAGGAACGUGCCGCCGCCGACCAGGCCCAGAAACGGGCUUCCGACCUUACAGCGGAAGUCAAUGAUCUCCAAGGUAAGAUCGGCAUGGCGAUGAGGGAGGCUCAGAGGAGCCAGGAGCAGGCGGCUGCUGCCGAGAGGACGAUCCAGAUCCUCGAGCACCGCCUGUCCCGUUGGGAAGCUUCGCGCAGUUCGCAGGAGAUACCAAAGCGUCCCACCCAAGACGUGGGGUCGAUCUCCACUGCGCUCGCGCAGAGCCAGGUGACGGUCUCCCAGCAGCAGACCGAAAUCAACAACCUCCGCCGCCAGCUUGACAAAGACAACCAAGGGGUCAUGUGUACCUCUGAGCAGGUGGCCCAGGAGGGCGUUCAAAAGCUGCGGGAGGCUCUGAAUAAUGAGAAAAGAGCGCGGACGGAGGAUAACAUCCGUUGGGGCAAAAAGACGCGCGAGCUGGAGGACGAGUGCCAAAAGCUCCGCAUCUCGCUGUCCAACACGGCGGCGGCAUCGACGGCAGCAUCGACGGCUGUGCGCCGUCAGGGUAACAGGCGUCUGCCCACUAUCCCCUGA